AUGUUUGUACCCCUAGACCCAGCCCAUGAUACAACAGACGAUGUUAAGGAUCUUAUUAAUGAAUUGGAAGAAAGUACAUUGUUAAAAAAAUACGGAAGAUGUAAGAAAUUUACCAACAUCAUCAACAAUACUGAUAGUGAAAUAACUAGUUGGAAAUUUAACGAAUGGGAUUAUUAUAGCAAAAAUGAUAAGAAAUUACCAUGUAAUGCUAGAGGUUUAUUCACAGUUAAUAACGAGAUCGUUGUCAGAGGUUAUGACAAAUUUUUCAACGUCAAUGAGGUCCCUGAAACCAAAUUCGACUUCUUGAAGAAUAAUACAACUGGCCCAUAUGAUUUAACACUAAAAGAAAAUGGGUGCAUUAUAUUCAUAUCAGGUUUGCUGAAUGGUGACCUUGUUGUCUGUUCGAAACAUUCGACAGGUCAAAGAGAUGACUUAACUAGGAACCAUGCCAUUCAAGGUGAAAUCGAGAUUGAAAAACAAUUAAAUAAAAUUCACAAGUCAAAAAGAGACUUGGGGCUUUUGUUGUAUAGUUUGAAUAUUACCGCAGUAACAGAAUUAUGUAAUGAUGAGUUUGAAGAGCACGUAUUGCCAUACUCAAAGGACGCUUCCGGCUUAUAUUUGCAUGGAUUAAACUUCAAUACCAUAAAAUUCAAGACUUAUCCAAUUCAAAAAGUAAACGCAUUUGCUACUGAAUGGGGAUUCAAAACUGUCGACUACUUUCAAAAGAAUUCGUUCGAAGACCUUUGGAAGUGCUUACAAGAAGCAGCAAAAACGGGCACUUUCGAUAGUCGUGAAGUUGAAGGUUUUGUUAUCAGAUGUCACUUGAAUGGCGAUGAUUUUUUCUUCAAGUUUAAGUUUGAAGAACCUUACUUACUAUACAGACAAUUCAGAGAAGUCACUAAAAGUUUAAUAAGCAAUAAAUUACCUAUUAGUGCAAUUAUGGCGAAAGUUAAAAAGCAUAAAUACAUCACUUUAAAGUAUCUCGAUUUCAUUAAGGUAUUAUUUGCUAACGAACCAUCUUAUAAAGACAACUUUUUGAAAGGAUUUGGUAUUAUUAAAAUAAGACAAUUGUUUUUGAAAGAAAAUGGGUUGAAUGCAACAAGUGGAAUUGAGUUAAUCGAAUAUGAUAGUUUAGAUAACAAGCUCAAAGAAUUAUCAUUAAAUGAUGAACCCACUUCAUACAAGUAUGUGUUAAUACCUAUUUCCACAAUUGGGUGUGGUAAGACUACAGUAUUCCAAACAAUACUUAACUUAUUCCCAAAUUGGGCUCAUGUUCAGAACGAUAAUAUAGCAAAUAAUUCUACCAAAAAUAAAUUAGUUGUUCAAUGUUUAACAGAAUUAGCACGAUCUGAAACAUCUUUAGUAUUUUGUGAUAGGAAUAACCAUCAGAAAAGAGAGCGUCAACAACUAUUUGACCAGUUUCUCAGCUUGAAAGAUAUGUAUUUAUCGGCAGAUAUUGGCUUAAGGUUCAUUGCCAUUAAUUUCGUGGAUGUUUCUUUAGAUAAACAAGAAUUAUUCGAUGUCACGUAUGACAGAAUUAGUAAAAGAGGUGAUAACCAUCAAUCAAUCAAAUUCAACACAGAUGCGAAGUUAGCAAAUCAAGUAAUGAACGGAUUCAUUAAAAGAUUUCAAAGAGUGGAUAUCAACCAAGAACCUGAUAACCAAUUUGAUUUAGUUAUAAAUAUGAAGAUCUCCGAAGAUUCUUCUUUCUUUAAUUCGAAGACUAUUAUUGAAGAAUUGAAACAAUUCCCUGGAUUGGUUGAUGCUAUGCCGUCGGACGCUGAUAUUAAAAACAGUUUCAAGAAGGCGCUAGAUUAUAAACCUGAUUUCACGAAGACUUUUGGGAAGCCUGAAAAGAAUAAAAAAAAGGAUGCGAGUUCUCCCCAACCGAAAAAGACAAAGAAGAGCAUAGUAUAUUACGGUGUUCGAAUUGAUAUGCAGAAAUUCAAAAGUAUUGUUGAUUCUAAAUUAGGGUCCAAUCCAGCUUGGGCCGAAUUAAAUAAUAUUGGUAGAGUUCAAGAUGAGUUCCACGUUACGUUAUCUCAUGCUAGCGCUGCAAAAAAAGAUCAAGUGCAAAUUGAUAUUUGGGAAAACUUGAAUAAAAAGUUCGACUCAGAAUUUAUCUUGAGCAAAUAUGAAGGAAAGGAUGUUAUGACGUUAGACUUUUAUUGUGAUAUUAAAUUAAAUAAAUUAAUCAUAGCGAAGGAUACCUUGAUAUGUGUUGAUUCUUCAAUUGUAAAAUCGUUUGAUGCAAACCAUGAAGUUGUUGAACUCAAGUGUUCAAAUACGUAUCCUCAUAUCACUAUAGGUACAAUGGAACCUGAAAUUAAACCGUUUCAAUCGAACAUAAUCCUCACCCAAUUAUUUGAUAAGCAUGGUUAUGAUUUACAGAAUGGAAGCUAUGAAAUCGAAGGCUCUACAAUAGUUGAUGUUAUUAAUUUUGACGAUAGUGUAAUAUUUGAGAAGAUGAUGUGCUUUGCUCAUUUUUAA